UUAGUUAGGUACUGUACUAUUCAUUAAGGUCCCAUGUGAACUUAGGAAUGCACUUAAACUUUUAAUUGAUUUUCUUCAUCUCAUCUUCAGAUCAUGCCAAGUAUGAGUUUUCCAGCUUCCGUUUUCCAUAUUCACCCUCAAUUGUGAUGGUGUUGGCGAUUGGAUGAUGCUACCGUAGUAAUAAUUGUUGAUGGACUGUGAUGGAGCACUAAGGGGUUGUCGUAGCAACAGGCGUCAACAAUCACUAAAACCGACACCCCCAGACCCGCAUCCCUUCCAUUCUCACCCAACCAAAUCAUCUAAUUCGAUAUAUGGACCUGCAGCUCAAUAUAUUGUCACCGCAACACAAAUUCACCCCCAAAACAAACUUGGGCGUCCAACCCUCCGAACGCCUAACCGUCCUGUACGGUCACAAUUCAUAACACCAAGUCACCAGUCUGCCACUAAUUCCUCAUUUAUUCUUUUCUCCUCGUUAAACACUUCCACCAAACCCAAAUAACCUUAGGUAUCUUUAUGGACGGAGCCACUCAACCGCAAACAAAAGAAGCAGUGGACACAUCCGACAAUCGAGAUAUUGAACAGAACACAUCACAAACGACAGGUACCUCUGAUCUGGGUGGAAAAUCGGCUACCAUUAGCACGGAAGAGGAAGAGGAAGCAAACAUGACGUCGGAAAGCCAUUUAGAGUCGGAAGUCCGUCCGAGCAUAGAAAGCGAUAAUGAUGAUGAGAUGGACGGCCAAGGUUCACAAAAGGUCGAUGCUUCCGAACCAGUUGAUUAUGAUGGCGACUCAGAAUUAGGCGAAGACACGAACGCUGACCAUGAUCAUCCCGACCCUUCAUACCCACACUCCGAAUACGCUGAGUCUCAAACUCCUCACGUUGAUGAUGGUGGUGAUAGCAGCUCUCACCACGACGCGGAUGAAGACGUGUUCAGCGACAAGAGCCCGCGAAGCUCCCUAGGAUCGUUCGACGGCAAUCCCGAGGCGGGCAAGAAGGGGCACAGAGAUUCGGACAAUAUGACCACAGUUCGACGAUCACCUCGAAUUUCGGACAUUUCCCAAUACGAGCGGGAAUAUGAAAAGGAGGAGUUCGUCUCCACUAUCAGAGGAACGCCUCGGCCCCCUUUUCGGACUCCCUCAGACGUCCGCGCCAUGCAGAUGUCCUCUCCUCCCCCUUCCGUCCUUGGCUCUCCCCGAUCUACUAAGAGGCACUUCCCUACGGUUAGUCGCCUAGGGACUCCUAACACCUCGACCCAAUAUUCCCCGAAGAGGAUGUCCACACCUCAGCGCUUUAAAAGGGGCAAGGAGGCUCCUCUCGUAUUGCUCCACGUUACCCUGUUGCCUCUGCGAUGGGUCUGGGGCGACCUGUUGAGCAAUCUCGACACAGAGGAGAUGAGCGACCAGGUUAAGUCGCUUCGAGAGUCUUGGAGAGUCCUUCAAGACCGCGUCGGGGAUACCGUCAUCGAGAGAGGUAUACUUUUAGGCCAUCCUCAGAAUGACUACGAGAUUCUUGAGGAACGUCUGCUUGAGGCACUAGAACUACCUCUCCGCCGACGAGCCCGAAUUCUCGAAUGUGGCCAUUAUCUGGGCCCGUCUAACGAGACGACGACCGACGACGAGGAGAGCGAGGACGAGUGGAGCUCCGCACGAUCUCGUACUGGGGGAGACAGACGCCACUGGUGCAAAACUUGCAAGAACGAGAUCCGAUACGACUCCCUCGGCCCGGGCAAGAUCUUCCGCGUCAAGGUCUACGCCAGCAACGGCUUGAUGAGAGCCGGCGCCUGGGCGGCGUGUUGGAAGGAGAUGGAACGCGUAGACGUUGAGAUAGAGCCCAUUGUCGAGCCUGCCGUGCAGGAAGAGCUAGUCCGCCUUGCCGCCGUUCUGCAGGAGCGUGAGCUAGCACAUCAAGAAGAGGCGGAUAUUGCGAAGGAGGUGGCACAUCAGCUCGAAGAGCAACACCAGAAGGAACGUGCCGAGGCGAUGAGUUCUCGCUUCAGCGCGUCGUCACCCCAACUGGGAUCAGAGCGUGCUCGGUCGCGUAUGUCGACGGAAGAACGCCACCAACGGGACGAAGAACGACUUCGCGAGAUUUAUGGCCACGCAUCUCCUCCCUUAUCCCCACGACCUGAUCCAUCAAGGGAGCCCUCAGCUCACCCGCACCAAGACCAGUACAUGCCGCCGCCCUCACCCUCCCCGUCUUCGCCGUCUCACCGCUACGAGCGGCAUGAGCAGCGAGAGCCAAACCAACAACAAGGGUUCCAGAACGCAUCGCUCCCGGAGCUGAUGUUGCAGUCCGUGAAGGUCCUCAUGCAAGACCGCAAGAACGUUAUAAUCUUCACUCUUAGCGUUCUCGUCCUCAUAUUCGCCCUUCGAAGUCCAGGCGGCCCGGCCGAGCCAACCUACGAACCGGUUAUUCACCGGAUGAGAGACAUGCCUACCCCACGCCGUGUCCAGGUGGUAGACACGACGUACGCUCCUACUAUUGAGGUAAAGGCUCCCGCCGUGGAGUCCGUCUGCGGACAGCCGUCGAAUGCGAGUCCUGAGCAGCACACUACGUUAGCCGAGGCCAUCGCUGCCGCGUCAGGUUACUAUGAAGCAUCUGGCGUAGCACCGCAACAGGCGUCGAGUGUUGAGUCCGUCGAAUCGUAUUCAGAAUCACUCGCAACUACACAAGAGACACCCGAAUCAGUGGCUGCACCAGCAGGUCACCAGAAAUCACAUGAGGCUACAUCGCCCGAGGACAGCCCUGCUGUCGAAUCCGACACCGCUUCGGCAUGUUCGCAGCCUACAGAUGCAUCAGAGGCCGCAUCGUCAGAGGUUUCUUCCAGCGACGAAGCCAUUCCCGAAGCCUUAUCGGAGCCCGAAGCAGCGCAGGAGAACGACGACGCAGCAUCCAGCGUAUCAACAGUGUACGAGCCCUGCCCCGUAGCUUCCCACAGCAAGCCCAAGGCCGUGACGUUGCAAUCCGAAGAAACCGAGACGGAAACCGUGACGGAGAAGAAGGUCGUCCGCGUCUUCCACACGGUCACCGAGAUGGAGACGUCGACCGAGCUGUUCCGGGUCCACCCUACCGAUUCCGCGAAGCAGCACGCGCUGUUGGUGGCUAUGGAGGAUACUCCCCAGGACGAGUUGACUUCGACUCUGGAGUUGGAGAUGGAGGAACCGGCUGCUGUUGCUGUUGACGCUGCAGCCGAGGAUGCUUUGUGAUGUGAUGGGUGAAAGGAGAUGGAGAUAACGUGAGACGUUACUCGGGCUUGUGGGCUUGUGAAUAAGGUGAUUUUUCGAUCGGAAGGAGUACAUACUAUAUGUAAUAGGAUUGGCUGGAUGGAUGGGGGGGCUAUGUUGGAUGAUUCUUUCGCUCGUUUCACGAUGCUUUACCUAAUCAUUGCUCUGCGUGGGGGGCGGGGAGCCUGUUAGUGAAGAUUGAGAUAGAUCGACGAUACCAAUACAGCAUCGAUGAUUGUGAACAUGCAUUUGGAUGAUUGUUUUGGUGUUCUCGUUUGUAGAGAAAUGUGGUCUAAUGGAUCGGGAUGAGGACUAUGUUGAUUAUGAACAGAUUCUAUUUUUUUUUUUUUUUUCCCGUAGUACACAUACCAUAUAUGUGAUGAGAUAGGACAUUUAUCCACAAGUGACCCUGAUUUCCCAUUCGUAUUUUCAAAUUCUCGGCGAUUUCACAUGAGAAUUUAUGGAGUUUCGUGCAGAAGC